AUGGCAAUGGAGUACGAGUUUGGCGGACCCCUGGUUGUUUGUAAUGAUGUUGCUGGCUGUCCUAUACUAUCUCUCCUACCCGCUCGCCCCCUCACCUGGGCAAAUGUGAAAGCAGACACGGGUCUACUGAAUCUCAGUAUAAGCAACUUCGUCAGCUGGGAAGCAAUCUUCACUACCACUGUCUACUAUGUUUACAGCCUCCUUCUCUGGAGAAUUUUCCCUGCCAAAGAAGUCCACGGCACCAAGCUGGUGCACCAUGGUCGUCCACUAUCAAUUUUCAUUACAACAUUCUCUGCAAUUGUGGUUACUCUAGCCGUCUGUGCUGCCGGAACCUACCUGCAAGGUGCUCAUUUCGCCGUCUGGGCUUAUAUUUCCGACCACUAUGUGCAGCUUUUAACUGCUAACAUCCUGACCUCAUACGGUCUCUCCGCAUUCCUUUAUAUCUGCAGUUUCAGUGUGAACACGAAAUAUCCCAACCGGGUUCUUCGCGAGUUAGCUGCCGGCGCUGAACCCCCCGUCACCUUUCCAUUCUUCGGAGAAAUCGACAUCAAGACUUGGUGCGAAGUCUGUCCCGGUCUGACCGGAUGGAUUCUGUUGGAUCUGGCCUUCAUCGUCCAGCAAUACCGCAGCUACGGCUACAUCUCCGACAGCAUUGUCUUCACAAUGGCCAUUCAGGCCUACUAUGUGCUCAGCAGCCAAUACAACGGAUCCAGCAUCCUGACCAUGAUGGACAUCACCACUGAUGGCAUGGGCUUCAUGCUCUCCUUCGGCCAUCUCGUCUGGGUUCCGUUCCUGUACUCCACCCAGUGCCGCUACCUUGCCGCCUACCCCAUGCAUCUGGGUUGGACGCGGAUCACGGUCACUAAACGGGGCACACGGCUCCUCGCUGCUGGGUGGUGGGGGAUCGCUAGAUAUACUAACUACUUUGGAGACUGGUUGCAGGCACUCCCGUUCAGCCUGCCGACGGGACUCGCGGGGUACAUAAUUCUCCCGGGGAGCGUCGUGGCGGAUGCCUCCCAGGCUGCCGUUCCAACGUUGGAUGACAGAGAAGUAGAUUUAUGGGGCUUCCUUGUUAUAAUAUAG